GAUGCCUUCGACAUCCUUAACUUCAGCAAUGAGGAAAGAAACGAUUGCUACAAGGUCACUGCGGUCGUCAUGCACUUGGGCAACAUGAAGUUCAGGCAGAGAGGGCGCGAAGAGCAGGCUGAGGCGGAGGGCUCGGAGGCUGGUGAAACCAUUGGCAAACUGUUGCUGACUGACGGCGAAGAGCUAUACCGGAACUUCUGCAAACCCAAGAUCAAGGUCGGAGCUGAGUUCGUGACGCAAGGCAGGAACGUCGACCAAGUGAACGCCAACGUGGGCGCCAUCGCGAAAGGCCUGUUCGACCGAACCUUCAAGUGGCUUGUGAAGAAGUGCAACAUCACACUUGAAACUGGCCAGACCCGAGCCAUGUUCAUUGGUGUGCUUGACAUUGCUGGCUUUGAGAUCUUCGAUUUCAACGGCUUCGAGCAGAUCUGUAUUAACUUCUGUAACGAGAAGUUGCAGCAGUUCUUCAACCACCACAUGUUCGUGCUUGAGCAAGAGGAGUACGCCCGAGAAGGAAUCGUGUGGCAGUUUGUCGACUUCGGAAUGGAUCUGCAGGCAUGCAUCGAACUUUUCGAAAAGAAAAUGGGCAUUCUGUCCAUCCUCGAAGAAGAGUCUAUGUUUCCGAAAGCCACUGACAAAACCUUCGAGGAGAAGUUGAAUAUCAACCAUUUAGGCAAGUCUCCCUGCUUCAUUAAGCCCAAACCUGCAAAGCCAGGCCAAGCGGAAGCUCACUUCGCUAUUGUUCAUUACGCGGGUACGGUUUCUUACAACCUCACCGGCUGGCUCGAGAAGAACAAGGACCCUCUCAACGACACCGUCGUGGACCAGCUCAAGAAGGCCGGUAACGCCCUCGUCGUGGAACUCUUCUCUGACCACCCUGGUCAGUCUGCUGAUCUUAGCAAGGGCAAGGGUGGCAAGCAGCAAACCGGCUUUAAAACCGUAUCAUCUGGAUAUAAGGAUCAGCUGGGCAAUUUGAUGAGGACCCUCAAUGCCACGCACCCGCACUUCAUCCGCUGCAUUGUGCCUAACGAAUUUAAGAAACCUGGUGUUGUUGACGCCGGCCUCAUCAUGCACCAGUUAACUUGCAACGGCGUGCUCGAGGGCAUCCGUAUUUGCCGCAAGGGAUUCCCCAACAGGAUUCCUUACAAGGACUUCAGAACUCGUUACAAUAUCCUGGCUGCUAAGGAGAUGAACGAAGCUAAGGACGAUAAGAAUUGUGCUAAGGCGUGCUUCGAUAAGGUCGGCCUCGACGCUGAACUUUACCGCACUGGCAACACCAAGGUGUUCUUCCGAGCCGGUGCCUUGGGUACGCUUGAGGAGAUCCGAGAUGAUCGGGUGACUCUGCUUAUGACGUGGCUCCAGGCGUGGAUUCGUGGAUUCCAGAGUCGCAAGAACUACGCCAAGAUGCAAGCCCAACGAGUUGCUCUACUGACUGUACAAAGGAACAUAAGGAAAUACAUGAAGAUGCGCUGCUGGCUCUGGUACGAGCUGUGGAUCAAGCUGAAGCCGAAGCUUAAUGUAACUCGCGUCGAGGACGAACUGGAAAAAUUAGAGCAGACUGCCGAAAAAGCUGAAGCAGAGUAUGAAAAAGAGGUUAAGCUUCGUGAACAACUAGAGAAGCAGAAUGCUGCGCUUCUGAACGAAAGAAAUGACCUGCUUAGCGCUGUGGAAUCAUGCAAGGGUGGCAUGACUGACUUCCUUGACAAGCAAGCCAAGCUGCAAGCACAGAAGGCUGAGCUUGAGGGUCAGCUUAAUGAAACGUUGGAGCGCCUUGCUAAAGAGGAAGAGGCUAAGAACCAACUCGGUAAUGGAAAGAAGAAAUGCGAACAAGAAAUCGAUAGUCUGAAGAAAGAUCUUGAGGAUUUCGAGCUUACUAUCCAAAAAGGUGAGCAAGACAAGAUUACCAAAGAUCAGCAAAUCCAGAAUCUGAAUGAGGAGAUUGCACACCAAGAGGAACUCAUUUCGAAGGUCAACAAAGAAAAGAAGCACCUUCAAGAAUGCAAUCUGAAGACUGCUGAAGAUCUUCAGGGCAUUGAGGACAAGUGCAAUCACCUCAACAAAAUCAAGAGCAAACUGGAGGCGACGCUUGAUGAACUGGAGGAUUCCCUUGAACGCGAGAAGAAGCUUCGCAACGAAGUAGAAAAGGCUAAAAGGAAGGUCGAGGGUGACCUGAAGCUGACUCAGGAGGCGGUCACCGAUCUGGAGCGGAACCACAAGGAGUUAGAGAUGGCAGUCGAGCGCAAGGAGAAGGAGAUCGCAGCUGUCUCUGGCAAGAUCGAGGAAGAACAAGCGCUCGUUCACAGAGACCAGAGGCAGGUAAAGGAACUGCAGGCACGCCUAGAAGAACUCGAAGAAGAAGUCGAGCACGAGCGGCAGUCCCGAGCCAAGGCCGAGAAGGCUAAGAAUCUUCUGACUCGGGAGCUGGCAGAACUGGGCGAGCGCCUGGACGAAGCCGGAGGAGCGACGGCCUGCCAGAUCGAACUCAACAAGAAACGCGAGAGUGAGCUGUGCAAGAUACGCCGUGACAUCGAGGAAGCCAACCUCCAGCACGAAGCGGCUCUCGUUGUGCUUCGGAAAAAGCAUAAUGAUAGCGUUGCCGAGCUGUCGGAGCAGAUCGAUUACAUCAACAAAAUGAAAGCCAGGGCUGAGAAGGACAGAGAGGCGAUGAAACGAGAUGCCGACGACUCAAGGGCUUCCAUGGAUGCUCUUGCCCGCGAUAAGACGGUCGCGGAGAAAACCACCAAGCAGCUACAGCAUCAGCUCGACGAGAUCAACUCUAAGCUGGAUGAAGUCAACCGAACCCUCAACGACUACGACGCCACCAAGAAGAAACUCGCCGUAGAGAACGCCGACCUUCUGCGCCAGCUGGAAGAGGCCGAAAACCAAGUCAGUCAGCUGUCCAGGCUCAAGCUUUCUCUUACCAAUCAGCUUGACGACACGAGAAAGCUCGCUGAUGAAGAGAGCAGGGGGCGCGCGACUCUCCUCGGAAAGCUACGCAGUCUGGAACACGACAUUGACGCCCUUCGCGAGCAACUGGACGAAGAGUGUGAGGCAAAGGGAGACGUGCAGCGCAUGUUGUCCAAGGCUAAUGCCGAAGCUCUCAUGUGGCGCUCCAAGUACGAGUCCGAGGGCAUCGCCCGCGCGGAAGAACUCGAGGCUGCUCGCGUGAAGCUUGCUGCCCGUCUCGAGGAAGCUGAAGCGCAAAUUGAUUCUCUGAAUGUUCGCAAUCUUCAUCUUGAGAAAACCAAGGUAAGGGCUUCGGCUGAGCUAGAAGACCUUCAGGCAGCAGCUGAACGCGCGCAAGCAUUGGCAAGCGCUGCCGAGAAGAAGCAAAGGAACUUUGAUAAAAUCCUUUCCGAGUGGAAGUUGAAGGUUGAAGACUUAGGCGCCGAACUCGAUGCCUCUCAGAAGGAAUGCCGCAACUACUCCACCGAAUACUUCCGUCUGAAUGCUGCGUACGAGGAGAACAUUCAGCAGCUGGACAGCAUUCGUCGCGAAAACAAGAACCUUAGCGAUGAAAUCAAAGACUUGAUGGAUCAGCUGGGUGAAGGCGGCCGUGCCUACCACGAAGCUCAGAAGAAUGCUAAGCGUCAGGAGAUUGAAAAGGAAGAACUACAAGCCGCUCUUGAGGAAGCUGAGGCUGCUCUGGAACAGGAGGAGAACAAGGUGCUUCGUGUGCAGCUCGAGCUUAGCCAGGUCAGGCAGGAGGUUGACAGGCGUAUUCAGGAGAAGGAGGAAGAGUUUGAGAACACUCGCAAGUGUCAUCAGCGUGCCAUUGACUCAAUGCAAGCUUCUCUGGAAGUUGAAGCCAAGGGAAAAGCAGAGGCUCUUCGCAUAAAGAAGAAGCUGGAGUCUGACAUCAACGAGCUGGAGAUUGCCCUCGACCACGCCAACAAGGCCAACUCCGACCUCCAGAAGCACUACAAGAAGAUCCAGGAAGAGAUAAAGGACAUGGAGGCUCGUGUCAAGGAGGAACAGCGGCUUGCUGCUGAAUACCGGGAGCAGUACGGCAUCGCCGAACGCCGCGCUAACGCCCUCCACGCUGAGCUGGAGGAGUCGCGUGCUCUCCUCGAGCAAUCCGACCGUGGCCGUCGUCAUGCCGAGGGUGAGCUUGCUGAGGCUCGCGAAACAGUCAGCAAUCUCACCAGUACGAACAGUGCUCUUGCAGGUUCAAAGAGGAAGCUUGAGGGCGAGAUGCAAGCCAUGCAGGCUGAUCUCGAGGAGAUGCUAAGCGAGGCCAAGAACUCCGAGGAGAAGGCUAAGAAGGCCAUGCUUGAUGCCGCUCGUCUGGCGGAUGAACUUCGCUCAGAGCAAGAGCAUGCCCAAAACCAGGAGAAGAUGCGCAAGGGUCUCGAAGUGACACUGAAGGAGCUCCAGACUCGCCUUGAGGAGGCUGAGAUCAACGCCAUGAAGACGGGAAAGAAGGCCAUCAGUAGCCUUGAGGCCCGAACUCGUGAGCUCGAGUCUUCCCUGGACGAUGAGGCUCGCCGCCACGCCGACGCCCAGAAGAACCUGAGGAAGUGCGAGAGGCGCAUCAAGGAGCUCAGCUUCCAGUCCGACGAGGACAAGAAGAACCACGAGAGGAUGCAGGACCUGGUGGACAAGCUCCAGCAGAAGAUCAAGACCUACAAGCGCCAGAUCGAGGAGGCCGAGGAGAUCGCCGCCCUCAACCUGGCCAAGUUCCGCAAGGCCCAGCAGGAGCUGGAGGAGGCUGAAGCUUAAACACAAUUCAAAACUUGUGGAAGAUUAGUUUAUGAUGGUGUAUUUUACCGCAGCUCUCAAUUGAUUUUUAGUAAUUGUACAUGGAAUAGAUUUCCUGGAAAUUAAUUGAUACAAACUGGGUUAUUAUAGAAAAAGUCCACAAUAUGAUUUGCUUAUAAUGCUAAAUCCAAAUAGAAUAUUAGACAAGCAGA